AUGGGUGUAUGUCGGAGGAUAUUCAAACAUUAUGAGCCGUCCGAACUUACAAUAUGUGUCACAAUUUGUUGUGAUCCUCGAUCACCACCCAGAUUCGAUCACUGGAACAUCUCCAAACCUGGGCAACCACCAAAGAUAAUAUCAUGUUCAAGAGACUCCACCACUUACGAUGAGAAUAGAGAGAGAAGAUCAAGAAGAAAAAUAGUGAAGAAGGGAAAGAAGUCAGAUGUUUUCGAAAAACUUGGAAGAUCUGAAAUUUCAGAAAAAUGUGAUAAUAUAGAAGUUCAAAUAUUAUCCGAUCAGCCACUUCUUCACUCUGAUUCUUCAACAUUGAUUUCCAAUGACGUGGCGAUGAUGUCCUCACCAGAAAUAUCGUUGCCAAUGGAUGAGCCAAAAGAACUGGAGUCAACUGAUCGAGCUAUGUCUGUGACGUCAUUGGAUAGCGUAGCUGGGUUGGGAGGAAUGAUGUCAAUGCCAGAGGAUUCAGAUGAUGUUGUCGUGAUGAGAAGAGUAAUUGAAGAGACGAAUUCAGAAGAAACUAAAAAAGUAGAAAAAGAAGAACCGAAACUGAAAGGGAAACAAUUCGAUCUGGCUUCAAAUGGCGACGUGGAUGCUUCAGAAAUUCAAUCGAUGAUCAAUAGCGGGACUACAAACAAGAAGAAAGUUCUUGUUCGGAGAAAGAAGAAAUCUACAACUCCAGAAUCAGCCCCUCGUUAUCGGGAUUUCACUGAAACUUCAAUCUACAUGUGCAUUGAAAUGAAUAAGGAGAACAUUGGCGAAUUCGUUUGGGAUCAAAAAUGUACCCGAAUCGAUGCACUCGCAGCACCGAUUUCCGAGUUGAAUCGGACGACAACUCCGGAAAUUCCAGUUGAAAUUCAGAUUUUCGAUUGA